UUUGCUGGGCUUCGACCUGCUUGCUCCUCUCAAAGUUUUGCUCUGAAUGUGGUUGUGUGUUCCUAGGCGCUCAUUGCUGUGCAUGUCAGAGUUUUGUUUGCAUAUCUGUCCAGCACACUUCUUAUUACUAACGCAAUUAAGUCCUAUGCAGAGAGGCAGUCUAGAUUGCCCUUUGAAUGUCCUGUUAAAAAUAAGGUGAACGGUCCCUGAAAACAAGCUCUUCAUUGUGAUUUAAAAACAAAAGCUGUUUUUUUUUAGCUUUUCAUUCUUACUUCAAAGUCUUAUAAAAGUUAAAAUGCCUGAUUUUGCAAAGAUCUCUUUGAAAAAGUGAAUAUUAAUGGUGACUGUUGAUUAAUGUGGAGAGUCUAUUGCAUGUCUGGGUGUUUUGGGGAUUACUGUGUUUUAAUUUCCCUUUAAAAAUUAACAGUGAAUAAAAAAAAUCAUUUUCAGAGGAAUUAGCUCAUGUUUUGUCUUCCACAACAUAAAGAGCCGGACUGACUAAACUGGAAAAUAAAAUGUCCGCUGCCAUAAGACCACCAAAAAUACAUGUCACUGUAAAAUAUACAUAUCUCAAAUGUGACAGCACAGGCAGUCUUCUACUUGAAAAAGAUGCCAUGAUAAUGAACAGAAAAUCUGGAAAGCCUGAUGAAAAGGGACAGCAUGGUUUUAUGCCGUCUGGCAGAAGGAUAGCACUGUCCUGAGAUUAGAGGAUUGAGCAAAAAGCUGGCAUGCAGAAUUGCAGUUUUUAUAUAAUGGCUUUAGUAAAUAUCCUUUAGGACCCAGUGGAAACGUUUGGCGAGGCAAACUUCAUGGGUAAUGGCCAAUCAUUAAGCGAUGAUCAGGGGAAAGCUUUGAGUGAGAAGCCCUUGAAAGCCUGUCUGAAAUAUUAAAUCAGAAAAGCAGCAUUUGUACCGAUGAUCACUGACAAACACACAACUCUGGAAUUAGAGUUGAUUCAAUGUUUAAACCAGGGGGGACUUCUACUACAGGCGGUGACUGGAGUGCAGAGUGUCUUAACUGCUGUUUCCUGCGAGAUGCCUUAUUUUGCAAAACUCUUUUUAUUAAUCUUUUGUUUGGUUCUUCUUGUGGAAAGCAGAAAGCACAGAAGAAGGAGGUGGACAAGCCAGUUGGAAGUGCAGAAGGCAAGUCACAUCUAUAAGAAGAAUCAUGACCUGACCAAAACUCGGAAAGGAAAGACUGAGCAGCUCCUCAGAGUUGAUGACCAUGAUUUCACCAUGAGGCCGGCUUUUGGAGGCCCUGCAAUUCCUGUUGGCGUGGAUGUGCAGGUUGAAAGCUUGGACAGUAUUUCUGAGGUUGAUAUGGAUUUUACUAUGACUUUGUACUUAAGGCACUACUGGAAGGAUGAGCGCCUCUCGUUUCCCAGCAUCACCAACAAGAGCAUGACCUUCGACGGCAGGCUUGUGAAGAAGAUCUGGGUGCCAGAUGUCUUCUUCGUGCACUCCAAAAGAUCGUUCAUUCAUGACACGACCACGGACAACAUCAUGCUGCGAGUGUUCCCUGACGGUCACGUACUCUACAGCAUGAGGAUCACAGUGACAGCAAUGUGCAACAUGGACUUCAGUCGCUUUCCCUUGGAUUCUCAGACAUGUUCUCUGGAGCUGGAAAGCUAUGCUUACACUGAUGAAGAUCUGAUGCUUUACUGGAAAAAUGGGAAUGAAUCUCUGAAAACUGACGAGAAGAUUUCUUUGUCUCAGUUUUUGAUACAAAAAUUCCAUACUACAUCAAGACUGGCUUUCUACAGCAGCACAGGUUGGUACAAUCGCCUCUACAUAAACUUCACCUUGCACCGACACAUCUUCUUCUUCUUGCUCCAAACCUACUUCCCUGCCACUCUGAUGGUCAUGUUGUCCUGGGUGUCUUUCUGGAUUGACCACAGAGCAGUACCUGCGAGAGUCUCUUUGGGGAUAACCACCGUGCUGACCAUGUCUACAAUCAUCACAGGAGUGAAUGCCUCCAUGCCCCGUGUUUCCUACAUCAAAGCGGUGGACAUCUACCUAUGGGUCAGUUUUGUGUUUGUCUUUCUCUCGGUGCUGGAAUACGCAGCAGUGAAUUACCUGACUACAGUGCAAGAACGGAAGGAGAGGAAACUCCGGGAGAGGUUUCCGUGUAUGUGUGGGAUACCUCAUUCGAAAACUAUGAUGCUGGAUGGAAACUACAGUGAAUCUGAUGCCAACAGCCUGGCAGGUUAUACGAGAAGCCAGGUGGUCCCAGAGGAAGAAAAACAAGAAAAGAUGGUCGUGCACUUGACUAUGAGCAGUGAAUCUAAUUCAUCAAGGAAGAGAGGCCUGAAGGGCCAUGUGGGCCUUCGCAUCAUCCAGAACACUCAUGCAAUUGAUAAAUACUCAAGAUUAAUAUUUCCAGGCACCUAUAUAUUUUUUAAUUUGAUAUAUUGGUCUGUCUUUAGCUAGGCAUGCUGUGGCGGCAGUAACUGAAGCAGAAAACAUCUACAAGCUCUUUUUUAUUGGUUCUUUUAAAGUCCAGUUUGGAUGGAAAGCUAGAAAACUGAUUAUUUUGCUACUUCUUUGAAGGGUGAAGGGGAGGACACAGCCUCCAGUGGGCAACUCCAUGCACAGACAUCAUGGAGAAACCUGUCAUGCUGGUUACUGUCCAACCCCUACCCCAGUUCCAGUUUGCUUUGUGGUACAUGCUGUUUCUCAUACUUGAAAAUACGCACUCACCAUUUGCCCAAAAGGUGCUGGACAUACAUAUGGAGCUGGCAACACUGCUGGUGCUUGCUGUGCAAUGGGAAACUGCAGACAACACUCACCUGGGCUGUCCUGAUGGAUUAGACUUGGUUUAUGAACAUCAUAUGUCUUUUCAUUGGCUUAUGAACAAGACUUCUUUGCAGCAUGCAAAUUCUGGUCUCUGGACAGGACUUGCAUUGAUGCCAAUAGGACUAUUGACUGGAUGGGAUCAACAGGGUUGGUUACAGAGUGCAGGUGACACAUUUGAGUCUGUAGUAAUUUUUUUCCAAAUUAGAAGUAGGGAGUGAUGAUAAAGCAAAGCAGAGAAGCCCAUGAACUCACAGAGAAUGGCUUCCAGAGUUCAUGGAUAAUCAAAAAAGGAAGUUUAGGCAGGUUUAGUUAGUGUUCACCCUUUAAGUGGAGCACAGCACAUAGUAUGUAGCACCUGCCCUCUAAAAUAGGAGGGAAACCAGCGUGUGGCAUGCAGUUAUCACACAGGAAUGGGCAGUGUCUCUGGGACCAUCACUUUCUCUGUUCACAGCGGAAAGUAGAAAGCAGUGUUGAGGGCAGCACUGGUAGCUUUCCAGGGCAUUCCUCAUCCCUAUGAGGAAAGUGCAGCCCACAGAGAAACUAUAUAUCCCGAUAUACCUCUCCAAAGAUACACAUUGUCCUUCAGUUUAGUCAUUUUGGAUCAAGAGGGAGAGAGGCCUGCCAGAACCUGUCUCUGCAGACGUAUAAUCAUUUCAGAAAUUAAAGCAGCCAAAAAUAAUACUAUGGGAUUCAGUCAACCACAAGGUCAACAUAAGUCCUGUGAAGCUGCUGGAGAAUACUGUAGCAAGCUUAUGUGCUUGGUGUUCUGUUAUCCCCCCUUCCUUUGCUAAUGAUGCUGACAGCAAGACACAGGCGUAUCUGUGUGAUAGCGGCAAGACAGUGAUAGCUGGAUUUGCAUGCUCUUUAUUUUUAAAUAAACACCAUGGUUUUGUUGGGCUGUGGAGGAGAUUAUGUUCAUUGAAACAUUUGGUUACCAAGCUGAAACUCAGCCAGGUGGGAAGAGCUUGAAGCACCAAGACUCGAUAUGGAAGUUGGAGGCCAAUUCAACAGUAUGAUUAGGUCAUCUGACUAGUGUUUUGGACAGGAAGAUUUGAAUAAAUCACAGAGGUAAUGGUGCAGGCAUUUAAUCUCUAACAAUACUCUCGCAUAUACCAAAUGUAACAUCCAUCCCCCUUUACCCGAAAAGCAAACAGAAAUACUAAUAAGACUGUAACUAUUGCUUGGGCUUUGAAAUCUUCUGCUUACUGUAGCAGUAAUACUUACAUUUUAAAUCUGAAGGAGGUUUAGAAGCAGGCUUGGAAGUGUCAUCUUCAGAAUACCUAGAAUUUACCUAUUGCCUCAAAUAUUGCUGCCUACGUUGAAGCCUAUUUCAAUGGUCACGCCAAUUUAGUGGAAACGGAAUUGAUCAUCACCCAUGUUAAUAACUGAAAUAAACAGAGUUCUGCAUCAUCAUAAAAGAAAAAAAAAACAGCCCUGAAAUUGCUAGAGAGAGCAGAAGGGAAGCCAUGAAAAGACAAUAUCUGAGGGAAGGCUUGUCCUAUAUGCCAGCCUGCCGUUUCUUUCCAGUGUCAUCAGAGCAGUGUAUUCACCACGCAUCACCCUUCUCCACGUUGAAACCUGGAUACCUCUCACGGUUACUGGCGGAGGUAAAAAGUUGCUAUUGUAAAGAGGCAAGAAAUAUUAAAGAAAUAGCCCGCCCGACUUUUGAGAGGUUAAAACCCCUACAUAACAAAAUGCAUUCUUUAAUUUUAGCCCUUUUAAAACAAAAAACGCUGCCGUGUUUCGGAGGCAAAAGCGAGCAAACUGAGAGGCCCGUUCUUAGGCUGUCGGACGUAAGCUGAAGGAAGGCACCUGAACGGUAAAGUUAAAUCACUGAGACGGGAAGUAAGAAACUUGGAUCCUACUCCUCAUUUUGCCCGGCUUUCUACCUUACCCUCGGCAUGCCGUUUGGCCUCUCGGUGCCUCAGCUUCGCCAUCUGGGAAAUGGGGAGCAAUAAUAUUUACCUACCUCAGGAGUUGCCGGGAGGUUUAACUUACUAGCAUAUAUGUGGAGCGCGGUUGUGAUUUCUGAGCAGAAAACCUUGCAGGAGUCUGAAGUAUUUUCUCUUAGUUACCAGUGGUUUCUUCAGAUGUGUCCUCUGAAUCAGUCUAGCUGGAAGAAAUCAAAAAAAUCUUGUUAGAUAUCCACAUGCAAAAGAUAAAAUUGUUUCAGUUAUAUCAGCCAUUUGGAAGAGUAGAGUUAACAGGCCACUUUUAAUUUGGGGAGGGGGUGGUAUCUAAAUAUACACCAAUAGCCAAAAAGUAAAUAUUGUCUAUAAAUAAUGCCUCCUGCCAUACAAAAAAAGACCUAGUGCUUUACUCUUUUAUUGCAUCUCUUUUUCCCUUAAAACUUACGUGAUGACAGAGACAGUUCUUUCUAGCCUAUCAUCUUUUGCACUAGUGCUACCUAUAGUUUAAAUGCUACUUAAUAAACCAGUUUUGAAGAGGUUUCCCCCUUACCUUAGUCUUAUUUUACAUGCGUGUGUGCAUAAGUGAUAGAGAUUGGUGUUUAAUGAAAUAUCCAUGUUUAUUUCUACCGGACACAAUUACACAGUCCAUAAAAUCUUCAAGGAGGGUAUUUUUUUCUUAAAGGAAAAACAAGUCUCUAUCCUGGGUACUGCUUAUGCUCAUUAUUGGUUAAAACAAUAGAUAAAAUGUAUAGAUGCAAAUAAAACAAAGACAUCUGCAUCCUACAGCUUAUCAGUUGUGUUUUCCUGCUUAUUAAGAGGGGACUGGCUAGGCAUGAAGCCAGAGCGAAUAGCUGGAGUGUGAUUAUUGAGCAUGCAUUUCACCUUUCUUCUCUCCCGGGUUGGAAGAGGCUUCAUUAGCACUGUUUAACUUCUGCUUGCAAGAUCCAACCAAUGUUUUAAGAACUGGUGCCUACAGUUAAGCUCCGAACACCAUCGGAUGGCUUCAGCCCAAUUUGGUGAAACACUAAGCAUCUGGAAAAUUAACUUACCAAUGGACAGGAUUUUCGGAAGUGUAUAAGAGAUUUGGGUGUAGAAAGCCCAUUGGUGAAUGCGCCAUCUCUGAAUAACCUGAUCCAACUGUCAAGAGAGAAAACGUCAGCCCAGCUCAUUCUGGCUAGAUUAUACUUUUUUUACUUCUGUCUAACCAAAUCACGUCUUUGAAAAAAAGCAACUAUAAAUAUGUUUACAUAUGUAUAAUGUGCAUGCAUGUAACUUAUAACAAAGGAAGACACUGGGACGUAUACUUAUGUUAAAUAGAGUACAUUUAUGAAAUUGUAGCAUGUUGUAUGUAAACUACCAUUUAUUAUGCCCAAGAAAACCUAUAGACUAUGUUGGACUGAAGAAAGGCUUUGAACUGGCUGGUCAAGGGCUAAGAAACGGGGUGUUGGCAAGUUAUUCCAUAAUUAAAAAUUAUGGGUUCUCUUAACCUUUUUAUUCUGGAGAAGGCUGUGUUGAGAAACGUGCAAGGAAGGCUGAUGCUAAAUUGGCUGUACAGUUGCUGCAAUCCACUGUGCUGAUUUCUGUAAUCAAAUUUGGUAGUAAAAAAACAAAUGGAAAGGCUGGAAAUGGGCCCAUUUCAUUGUGUGAAGUUUAAAACAUUACUUUUAAUUAUUACGUGGAGUGAUGCUAACUAAUA